AUGUUUAGAUUCUAUCAGAAAGUACAAUAAUUAUAAUAAGUACAUUUUAUCAAUAUUUUUGAGAUUUAGCAAAAGAUUUUUUAUUUUUUCUUUAAAUAUUCUAAAUAUACAUUCCUUAGAAAUGAUUAAGGACUUAUCUAAAAUUGUAAAUUUAAGAUCAUUAAAAGUGGUUUAAGAUUUAAAAUAUCCUUUUAAGUUCAUAAAGAAUUAGUUAAAUUCAAUAAUCGUGAUAAUUGGUCAAUAUCUUCAUUCCUAUAACCAAACUCAAGAUUUUUAUAAUUGAAAGAUGAAUAGAAUUUGAAAAUAGACCUAUUAUUGUUAUAUUAUUUAAAGGACUUACUGAAAAAAUUGAUGAAGCAAGAUCACCAGCUCAAAUUAGUAACUUUGAUUAAAACGUUUCAUAAAUUACAUAAAAUUUUAAUAUAGCAGCAUAUUUUAAAUUACCUCUUAAUUAUUUGA